GGUAGUGGAUUAAUCGCGCCUGGCUGUCAGACAGACAUGACAUGUUCCAUUUGAUACACAGAUUGAAGACUCCACUGUUGUCAUUUGGAGGAACGCGCACAAUAUCCCAACUAAUCAACAUGGAGAAGCCCUGCAUACUGGCCACUACCUUCGGAGCGCCUGGAGGCAUCUACAAAUGCUUUGCACCUGUUGUCGAGAAACACUUCACCAUUAUCCCAUACGAGACAUUCCCGCUAGACCAGAAGAAUCUGUCAGAAAAGGUCAAAGCAGUAUUUGUAUGGAGCGUUGCCCUGAAAGUUGACAGAGGUCUGAUGCAGUCUCUGCCUAACCUCGAGGUGGUGGUUAACGGAGGGGUGGGAGUGGACCAUCUGGACAUACCCAUGAUCAACAGCUUUGGGGUGAAGGUGUGCAACACCCCUCAUGUUGUUGACAACGCCACUGCCGACAUCGGGAUGGGUCUGAUGCUGGCGUCUGCAAGGAAGAUCGUCGAAGGUCACCAUUACUCCCUAACCCACAACAAUGAGGACUUGCCAGAGAGCUCCAUGGGUAUGGACGUCAGCGGGGCCACCCUGGGCAUCAUCGGUAUGGGGAGGAUAGGAUACAAGGUGGCCAGGAGGGCCCAGGCAUUUGAUAUGAAGAUCCUCUAUCAUAACAGGAACCGCAGGAAAGAGGAAGAGAGAGCAGUGGGGGCGAUGUACUGUGCCAACAUGGAGGAUCUGCUCCAGCAGUCAGACUUUGUGAUGGUGGUGGUGAACCUGUCACCUGCCACCCAGAAACUGAUCGGUGCCAAGGAACUAGCCAUGAUGAAACCUACCAGCACUCUCAUCAACAUCAGUAGAGGCCUCGUUGUAGACCAAGAUGCGUUGGUGGAAGCCCUCCAGAAGAAAGUGAUCCGAGCCGCUGCACUGGAUGUGACCUACCCUGAACCCCUACCAAUAGGCCACCCCCUUGCUGCUCUUCCAAAUGUCAUCAUCCUGCCCCACAUAGGGACCCACUCCGUUGAGACGACGCAGAUAAUGGUGGAAAAGAUGGUGACCAACGCCCUGGCAGUACUAGGAGGGAACCAGCCUCCAGAUGAGGUCAAGGUGUAGGUCAGAGAAGUUUCCUCUAGGUACAGAUCUAGGAUCAGUUUCUAUUCCCACAAUCCUAACCUGAACCAUUAGUGGGCGAAAUGCAAAAUUUAAAACCAAAAUCAGCAUCUAGGGGCAACUUCACCCUAUUCCUCAGGAAUCGCCCUGGACCCUCCAUGCCACUUUUAACUAGCUGCCAUGCCUUAGAGCAGGGGUGUCAAACAUACAGCCCCGGCACACGAGGGGGUCCAAUACGGCCCAUGGGUGGUUUGAGUAGCCUCAAAUAUUUAGGAAACAUUCAUACAGUAUCUUGACUGUGUCCAGCUCGCUAAUAAUCCCUGAAAUUAAAGCAGAUUUAAAGCUUAUUUCCUGCAAUUCUACACAUUUUGUCAUGGGAAAUGUGUAUUCAUGUGAUAUUUGUGUGACCAAAAAAAUACAACAAAAUCAAAGGGCUAAAAAACCUAAAUAAAAAAAACGUUAACUGACAUGAGCUAGUUGUUCUGGACAUUUCUGACAAGUUAUACAUGGCGCUCUAAGGUCUGCAAUGACUAACAAGACAAGAGGAACUGAUGAUGCACCACCCAAUUUAGAAAUGUCACCUUGUGCAUUCUACUAUUACAACUUUCAAAAGUAAGUUUAAAGCCAGACUGAAUUCCUUUAAAAAAAUAAACAAUAAUAAUAAUUGGGGGGGACCCCCUCCCUGUGGGGGACCCACGCACUCCCCCUGCCGACCCCUCAGUUUGGGAACCAUUGUUGUAGAAGGCCUGCCUUAGAGGGUCCUAACUUCCACGAUCACUGAUCUAGCAGAAUGUGAAAGGAAGGAGGACGAUGGGGUAAAUCUAUCCAGCGGGGAUGAAGGAAAGGAGAGGAGGAAAAGAAGAUAUUUAGUAUUGAGACUUAGGCACCACAAUGCAGCAGUGUCACUGAUCAGAGAAGUCUUCAACAUCCACAUUAAUAAGCACCUAAUCAUAGCUCCGUCCUGGACAAUUCUAUAUAAGUUAUGACACUAUAGAUAAUAAAAUGUUGGAUAGAAAUGGAAUAUAUUGCUUCUCAAUGGUGAAUAUGCCUUCUCAUACAGUACAUGGAAAUGUACUGUAAUUUAUAUCACUUCAUAUUGACUGUUGAUUUAACUAAUUAUAACCACUGAUUAUAAAGGUUUAGAGCAUUAUGCAUACUCUAUUUCUAACGGCACAAUAAACAACUUGACAAAUCUGUA